GCUCAGAAGCAGCCACUCUCGCUUGUGAGGAGAGCCCUGUGAGGUUGCUGCUUAUCUGCCAGCUGUCACCCUGUUGGCCUCGACACCCACACCGAGAUCAUGGGUACCCUCGAGGGACACCUGCUGCCAGGGAUGUUCUUCCUCAUCUUCUCACUCUACUACUCAGUGCUGAUGUCCUUGGCCCUGCUACGGGGACAGAGGUUCCUCAAACCCCCUCUACCCCCAAGGGAGAAGCGAGGACACAGGUCGUGGCCGUCGGUACCUGUGGAAGGGGUCGUGAAGGCAGUCAUCUCUGUGAUCGGCAUCAUGGCCCAGUUUUUCUACCCACCAGGAGAAAACCGACUGAUGAUGGUAGACUGGGAGGACCCUCAGCGACCAUUCUUAUUCAAGGACAGCUGGCAACAUGCCACCAUGUACGGGUUCUUCCUAGUCAGUGGUGUGGUGGACAUCUUGAGCCAGUGGUGUUGGGCGCGGCAGAAUAUCAAGCUGGAGCGAGCAGCUGAGGCCCUGGCCUUCUAUGUGCUGGCGCUGCUGAUGGCAACCCACGUUGAGAACAAGGGCACACUAGAGAUCCGCGUGCACCUCCUGUUGAUAGUGCCUGUCAUCCUGCUCGGCCUGGUGCUCACCAUCGAGGUCUGGGCCCCUGACCAGCCUCCAUUCUGGGUGUUCAAGGCCUGGAUGUUGCAGGUGCUCGGCAACUGGCUGCUGCAGCUCUGUGUGGUAAUGUACGUUCCUCCCUCCGGGCAGCCCUGGAAAGAAAACAACCCCACAGACCUCGCCUUCCUCACCAUCUUCUUCUGCUGGCAUCUGGGCUUCGGAGCCGCCACGGUGGCCGCUGUCUAUGGCCUCUGCAGCCUCUGGCACCAUCACUGGUCCUCCUGGAGAGAGGCCCCAGGUGCCAAAUACCAGCCAUGCCCCAUGGGCUCCAGCAGCGAAGAGCUGGAGAAGUUCAGAUCAGGCACCGAGCUGCAGGACGGGAGCAUUUAGGUUUGGAAUCUGUCUUUGUGCUAUGCCCUUUGUAAUGAGAGUUUUGAGGACGCCCACCGUGUACACAGCAGAGAAAUGUCCUGGAUCUACAAUGUGGCUUUCCAUCACAGGAGUCCUCUUCCUUGUUCCUAAAUAAACCCUCCAGCUCCUA